GGCGUGAGCCACCGCGCCCAGCCCACCUGGGGCAUUUUUGUUGCUGUACAAUAGAAACAAGUUCUCUAUAUGUUCCCCAGGCUGGUCCAAACUCCUGGGCUCAAGUGAUCCUCCCACCUAGACCUCCCAAAGUGCUGGGAUUUCAGGCAUGAGCCGCAGUGGCUGGUCAGAACCUGGGGCCCUUUUGAACUUUGAUUCCUCAGCAAUUUUGUCAGCCCUGGCUCGGGCUGAGAAGCCCCUGUGAGGCCAGAGAGGGAAAGGGACCUGUCCAGGGUCACACAGGAAUCAUGCCUCGAGCCUCCCCAGCCACGGACUUGUAUCCAUCCAGGGCAUUUCAGCCCCUGCAGGGCAGUGGCCUGCCCCUCCUCCUUGGAGCCAGGAAGGGAUGCAGUGCCACAGGGAUCUGGCUCUGUCCCAGGCCCUGUGGGGCUGGCAGUUGAGUAAGCAGUCAGGCUGGGUGCACCCAUCCCUCCCCCACUCCCCACUGCCCAGCACAGUGCAUUCAUGCAGCUGGGCCCCGCCCCAUCUCCAGAGGCACCUUCCACUAGCAACAGUCUCCCCGGGCACAACACAGCUAACACAAGGCCCCGCAGGCAGGACUCUGGGACAGACGCAGGCCAGAGCCCAGACCAAGCAUGGACGCCGUGGAUGCCACCAUGGAGAAACUCCGGGCACAGUGCCUGUCCCGCGGGGCCUCGGGCAUCCAGGGCCUGGCCAGGUUUUUCCGCCAACUAGACCGGGACGGGAGCAGAUCCCUGGACGCUGAUGAGUUCCGGCAGGGUCUGGCCAAACUCGGGCUGGUGCUGGACCAGGCGGAGGCAGAGGGUGUGUGUAGGAAGUGGGACCGCAACGGCAGCGGGACGCUGGAUCUGGAGGAGUUCCUUCGGGCGCUGCGGCCCCCCAUGUCCCAGGCCCGGGAGGCUGUCAUCGCAGCUGCAUUUGCCAAGCUGGACCGCAGUGGGGACGGCGUCGUGACGGUGGACGACCUCCGCGGGGUGUACAGUGGCCGUGCCCACCCCAAGGUGCGCAGUGGGGAGUGGACCGAGGACGAGGUGCUGCGCCGCUUCCUGGACAACUUCGACUCCUCUGAGAAGGACGGGCAGGUCACACUGGCGGAAUUCCAGGACUACUACAGCGGCGUGAGUGCCUCCAUGAACACGGAUGAGGAGUUCGUGGCCAUGAUGACCAGUGCCUGGCAGCUGUGAGCAGCUCCGGCUCAGCCCUGCUGCCCUGGCCUGUCACUCCCCACCCCUGCCGGAGACCUCCCUUCCCUGGGCCCCUUCUCUCCUGGGCAGCCACACCACAGAGCGGGGAGGGGCAGGUGGGGGAAUGGAGGCUGCAGGACUGGCUAGACCAGGUCCCUGCCAGGCCACCAGGCGGAGGUGGGACAAAGGUCCUAACAGGAGUCACUGGCUCAGGACCCCAGGGAGAAACGCUCUCCCCACCCACGCCAUGCAGACCAGAGGCCUUGCAGCCCCUGUGGAUGCCCCCGCCGAGGUCCCCCGAUCCCCGCACCCGGACUGCUGCUCCCUGCCCCUCCCUUGCGGGUCCCCCAGGAAGCCAGGUGACCCCAGGUGGGAGGCUGUGUGUGGAGGCCAUCCUGGAAGGAAGUUUAGACCUGCCCAGGUGUGGAGCGAGGGGCACAGGGGCAUCCUAACCUCAGAAACUGAAAUAAAGCCUUUGAAAAAAAAAUCUGUAAAACAUCAACCCCCAAUCAGAAGAUGGCAAAUGGGGAAUAAAAAUAGCAGGUAACACGUC